CCACCCUGAAACUGGUUGCUGUUGGCAAAAUAGCAAUCAUUAAUUGUGUUAUUAAUUAUGGACUGAUUUAUUUUCAGAUCUCGAUAGAGAAUGACUACCUAGGUCCCAGAAGAAUUGAGAGUCUGCAAAAAGAAGAUGCGGAUUGGCAGAGAAAAGCCCACAUGGCUGUGCUUUCUAUUCAAGAUCUUACAGUUAAAUACUUUGAAAUAACAGCUAAAACACAGAAAGCUGUGUACGAUCGAAUGCGAGCAGACCAGAAAAAAUUUGGUAAGGCAGCAUGGGCCGCAGCAGUGGAACGUAUGGAAAAGCUUCAGUAUGCAGUUUCUAAGGAAACUCUGCAGUUGAUGCGUGCUAAAGAAAUCUGUUUGGAGCAGAAGAAACAUGCGCUGAAAGAGGAGAUGCAGAGCCUGAAAGGUGGUACAGAGGCCAUAGCCCAUUUGGACCAGUUGGAAGCUGAUUACUAUGAUCUACAGCUUCAAUUAUAUGAAGUGCAGUUUGAGAUUUUGAAAUGUGAAGAGCUGCUGCUGACAGCACAACUUGAAAGCAUCAGAAGACUGAUGUCAGAGAAGAGAGAUGAAGUGGUAUAUUAUGACACUUACGAAAGUAUGGAAGCCAUGCUUGAAAAAGAGGAUGCAGCAACAUCUAUACACUUGCAAAAAGAGGAGCUGCAAAAGUUACAACAAAAAAUCCGCCAGCUGGAAGCAAGACGUGGACGUAUUUCAGCCAAGAAAGCCUACCUCAGAAAUAAGAAGGAGAUCUGUAUUGCAAAGCAUAAUGAAAAGAUCCAGCAGCGUCACCAGAGUGAGGAGGAAUACAAAAUGCACCAUACUGUUCAGCUAAAGCGAGAUCAAUUACAAGAUGAAGAGGAAAGAAAGAGCUCCUGGGUUAGUCAGGAACGACAGAAAACACUGGACAGACUUCGCACAUUUAAACAGCGGUACCCUGGGCAAGUAAUACUUAAAUCCACCAGACUACGUCUGGCUCAUGCAAGAAGAAAAUGUGCAGCCAGCUCACUGUCCUGUGUCAAUCAGCCUCAAUCUUUGCCAGCAACCAUACAAAUCCAAGAGAAAAGUGAAGAGGUGGAAUUGGAAAAUGCAGUUCAGCCUUUGCAAGUGCAAGAAUCCACAAGCUUAGAACAACUUCAGGAUAUCUUGUUACCUCCCAAUGGUGUUACCUCUGAACUGCCUCAUGUUAGUGCUUCUCCGCUUACCGGUAACGAGCUUCAACCAGAGACUGUUACUGUAGUACCACUUCCACCCCCUUUGCCUCCACCACCUCCACCUCCACCUUUACCCUCCAAGGAAGAUGCCACCAAAUCCUUAGAGAAAAGUGACAGCUUUGUUAAACGUCAGAGUGAGGAGAAGGGAGUCCAGCACUCUUCUGGUGUCCCACCAGCAUAUCUGUUUGACAGCAGUCAGCUAGUCAGUGCCAAGAAGAAGCUUAAGAAGACUGGUGAUCUAGAGGGUUUACAGAGGAGGAGAGUGAGUUCCCCGAUGGAUGAAGUGCUGGCUUCCUUGAAACGUGGCAGCUUUCAUUUAAGAAAAGUUGAGCAGAGAAGUCUCCCUCCUUUUCCUGAUGAAGAUGAUAGCAAUAACAUCUUGGCACAGAUCAGGAAAGGGGUGAAACUGAAGAAAGUGCAGAAGGAUGUUUUGAGAGAAUCCUUUACAAUUCUGCCUGAUACUGACCCUCUGACAAGGAGCAUCCAUGAAGCAUUGCGACGAAUUAAGGAAGCAUCACCUGAAUCAGAGGAUGAAGAGGAGAGUUUGCCUUGCACAGACUGGGAAAAUUAA